AUGCCUUCCAACCUUUCAGUCAACGGAGAAGAUCUGUCCGGCUGCAGCUUUUCUACUGUCCAAGUCAAUGGACUCUUCACACCUCUCUCAUACCAGCCCAUCAAUGAUCCACAGCUGGAAGAACUCUUUACGCCGCUGGACGAGCUUCCAGGGCCAGAAAGGGACACAGCGUACGAAACUCAACCAUUCGAUGAGCACUCGUGGCUAGGCCACGGCCAAUCAAAGUCCCCAGCCUACUCUUUCGAUAUGUGCCCUCCACCCCUGUCAGCCCAGUCUUCAUGGCAUUUCCAUCAACGACCGGCAUCGGUCGAAGUACAGACGGCGCCCUCCUCUCCAGACUUCCUUCAGCAUACCAACAUCGACACCGAUGUCUCAUCACUUGACAACGCCACCGGUACCACCGAAAAUGCGGAGGAGUUGGUCGCCAUGGGCUUGUAUGACUCGCCUGCUGAAGUCCAGUCUUCUUCCUUUCUGUUUGGCAGGGCUUCGUCAGAAAGGAAGGCGUUGAAAUUGGAGGAAUCUUUCGAGCCCGCGGAUCGGGACGAGGGAGAAGAGGCAGGUGGUGACGAUGCUACAUCCGAGGCAACCUUUGAGUACGAUGACACGCCUCAGGAUGUCCUUCGGGAUCAUGCUUUUCCCGCCGCCGAUUACACCUCCCAGUCCAUCGCCAGCCAUCUCACUUACGGGGCACAGCCAGAAGUGAAUCCCAUGGCGUUCCAAUACCUGGCGACUUUGUGCCAACUCAACAGCCCCUAUUACCCUACGGCAUCCCACGGCUACGGGUGGGUAUGA